AGGCGGGACCGUGCACCGUGUGUGCGCGCUGCGUUGAAGUGCCAGGCACGUCGGAGCAGCCGGACAGAGCCCGGGGCGCGCGUGGAGUCUCUGAGAGCCUCGCUUCUCCCGCCGCAGCCAUGACUGAGAACUCCGACAAAGUGCCCAUUGCCCUGGUGGGGCCCGAAGACGUUGAGUUUUGCCAUCCUCCGGCCUACGCCACCGUGACGGUGAAGCCUUCCAGCCCCGCGCGGCUGCUCAAGGUGGGAGCGGUGGUUCUCAUCUCCGGGGCGGUGCUGCUGCUAUUCGGGGCCAUCGGGGCCUUCUACUUUUGGAAGGGGAGCGACAACCAGAUUUACAAUGUCCAUUACACAAUGAGUAUCAAUGGGAAAUUACAAGAUGGGUCAAUGGAAAUAGAUGCUGGGAACAACUUAGAGACCUUUAAAAUGGGAAGUGGAGCUGAAGAAGCAAUUGAAGUUAAUGAUUUCCAGAAUGGAAUCACAGGAAUCCGUUUCGCUGGAGGAGAGAAAUGCUACAUCAAAGCGCAGGUGAAGGCUCGCAUUCCUGAGGUGGGCACCGUGGCCAAACAGAGCAUCUCCUCGGAACUGGAAGGCAAGAUCAUGCCAGUUAAAUAUGAAGAAAAUUCUCUUAUCUGGGUGGCUGUAGAUCAGCCGGUGAAGGACAGCAGCUUCUUGAGUUCCAAAGUCUUAGAACUCUGUGGUGACCUUCCUGUUUUCUGGCUUAAACCAAUGUAUCCAAAAGAAAUCCAGAGAGAAAGAAGAGAAGUUGUAAGAAAAAUUGUUCCAACCACCACAAGAAGACCACACAGUGGACCACAGGGCAACCCAGGCCCUGGAAGACUGAAUAAUGAAACCAGACCCAGUGUUCAAGAGGACUCUGAACCCUUCAACCCGGAUAAUCCCUACCAUCAGCAGGAAGGAGAAAGCAUGACAUUUGACCCUAGACUGGACCAUGAAGGAAUCUGCUGCAUAGAAUGUAGGCGGAGCUACACCCACUGCCAGAAGAUCUGUGAACCCCUGGGGGGCUAUUAUCCAUGGCCUUACAAUUAUCAGGGCUGCCGAUCUGCCUGUAGAGUGGUCAUGCCGUGCAGCUGGUGGGUGGCUCGCAUCUUGGGCAUGGUGUGAAGUCACUUCAUAAUCAUGUGCUAUAAAUUUAAAAAUUAACUGAAUAGACAACCAAAGCAUGAGACAUAUGUUGAUGCUGAAGGGAUCACAAAGUAUUUUUAUAUUGAACCUGAGCAAUGUUGUCCCAGGAUAUUUCUCAAUGGCUUUCCAGAACUUUAUUAUGUGCAAACAUACUGAAAUGGGUAGUUCAAGUCUAAAAUGCCGUAAUUCCUUUAUUAUUUGCUAUUUUUUUAUUUGCUUUGCCAAUAAGGCCUGCUUAUAAGUUCUUCCGAGCUAUUUGGAAAUAAAGGUGAAAAAUUGUCAGUCUGUCAAAGAUACUAAUUUCACGCUUGUUUCCUUUAAUCGUCAUGACGAAAACAAUUAAGUUGUGUUAUUUGUAUGGAAUUUCUCAAGUCUUUAAAUGUGCCCCCAUAUAAAAAUACAAAUAAAUGAAAGGACUUAUAAUGGAAUCUACCUGAAAGCAAGCAUUUUAAGCCUCAAAAGUGGGAAGUUCAUGGGGAAUUCUUCAUUUAUGGUAUAUGAUAGCAUGCGAUUAACAGGGUGCUAAUCUUUGUUAGGAGUCAGCUCCAGGAAAGAGCAUUAAGACAAAAAUGUAGACAAGGUGGUGCCUGUGGCUCAAAGGAGUAGGGUGCUGGCCCCAUACACCGGAGGUGUGGGUUCAAACCCAGCCCUGGCCAAAAACUGCAAAACAAAAAAAAAGAAAAAUGUAGACAAAGAUAAAUCAGACUUGUGGGGAGGAAGAACUUUACUGACAUUCUGAAAAGCAUGUCACAUCCCUUUUCAAUCUGUUUUCAGUAAGUGGUCAGUGGGUUUGAAGCAGCAUAAUCAUUUUUCCCUUUGUAGUACAAAUCAAGCUGUUAAUGUAGUCCAAUUACCAAUAAGUUACUCAUCUAUUUAUAGGUAUGACAGUGUUGCUUGGCAGAUACAGCUGAGGAGAAAUAGCUUAUUUAUUUAUAAUGACAUAAAGACAGUCUCAGGAACAAGGACUGUCUUUAGAAAUUGAAAUAUUACAUCAGGGGGGAUGAGCAGGUAUUUCGUAUUUUUGACAUUUUAGGUUUGGGAUUCAACUUUCCUAGGAAAAUAAAGGUAAGUUGUCUAAAACAUGGGAUUCUGAGAUGAUAGAAAGGUCUUGAUCUCACUAUACUCCUAUACUCUUAGUAUUCCGUGUCUGGUGUUUGCCAACUGACGUCUGUAAAAUGAUACAGAAUUUUACAAAUCUGUUGAUCACAUAAACACUCAAGAUGUCCCCAUUAUAUGGAAUAUGCCAUCAAGGUAGGUGUCUGGAGAAAAAAGCUAUGAAGGAAAUAUACUGUAAUCACAUGUAAUGGUCACACUGUUCUCAGGCAGCAGAUACCCUGUUUCCCCGAAAAUAAGACCGUGUCUUAUUUUAAGGUGUGCUCCCAAAGAUGCGCUAGGUCUUAUUUUCAGGGGACGCCUUAUCUUUCCUGUAAGUAGGUCUUAUUUUCGGAGGAUGUCUUAUUUUCGGGGAAACAGGGUAAUUCCUGCAGUUAUGAAUUUCAUGUUUUUAAAAUGGUUGUCACUCAUUAACUAAGCAAAUAAUAUGCCAAUAGUUUUGCACACCAUCUUUUAUGCAUAUGGCUCAGCAAUUUGUACUGGGUUCUCAAAAUAAGAAAAAGACUUGGCUGGGCAUGGUGGCUCAUGCCUGGUAAUCCUAGCAUUCUUGAGAGGCUGAGGAGAGUGGAUUGCUUGAACUCAGGAGUUCCAGACCAGCCUUAGCAAGAGUGAGACCUUGUCUCUAUUGAAAAUAGAAAAUUAGGCUUGACGCCCAUAACACAGUGGUUACGGUGCCAGGGACAUACACCUGAGACUGGUGGGUUCGAACCCGGCUAAACAACAAUGACAAUUGCAACAAAAAAUACCCAGGCAUUGUGGUAAGGGCCUAUAUCCCAGCUACCUGGGAGGCUGAGGCAAGAGAAUCACUUAAGCCCGGGAGUUGGAGGUUGCUGUGAGCUGUGACACCACAGCACUCUACCCAGGGCAACAAAAUGAGACUCUGUCUCAAAAAAAAAAGAAAAGAAAAGAAAAAAUUAGUUGUGUUGAGAUAGGUGCCUAUAGUCCCAGCUACUUGGGAAGCUGAGGCAAGAAGGAUCACUUGAGCCCAGGAGUGUGAGGUUGCUGAGUUAUGAUGUCAUAGGACUUUACCCAGGGUGACAGAGUGAGACUCUAUCUCAAGGGAAAAAAAAGUCACUACUCAAAAGAUGUCAACUUAACAGAAAAAAAGAAAAAUCGGAAUGUUUUAAGGACAGAGGGGAGAACUCAAAGUUGGAUUAAGGGUAGGAAUCACAGAAGAGAGUAUAAUUUCAGAAGAGAGUCACAAUUUCAAAGAGAAGACAUCAAGGGGACAGUGGAAGCAUUUAGUAAAAACAGGACACCACGGAAUAUGACAAACGUCUUCACAAGUUGGUACUGGACAUCCAAAUAUCCAGUCUCAAAACAAGUUACAAAACAAGUUAAGUUAGGUUGACUGACUGAAGAUACAGCACAGUGUUAUGUUGAAUCUAGACUGAAAUAAGCCAUUAUGUGUGUAUAAUCUCAUGUAUUGAUAGUUUAUUAUUUUACAAAUAACUCAUUCUCAGUGGUGGUAUAAACCAAUCUUUAUGGAACAUCUCAGGAUAGAUUUUGAGGUCCUAGUUUGACUCAGAUUGGAAAGAAGGGCUACUACAGUCCUGGAUGUGAUAAGUUCCAGUCAGUAAGCACAUGGAAAAUGAGGACAAGAGAUUGCUGGGUUUCAAUUAUGUGUGUUUUUUUCUGUCAUAUAUCUCAACAACCUUCCACUGCAAUUUUAAAAACCUAUUAACCUCAGCUUUAUACAUCCUCCUUCCAUCACCAAAUCAGUAACACUAAAAAAGUAAAUAAGUAAAAACAAUCACUUAACCCACUCAACAGUUUAUUUUUUAGAUCAGAUUUUAUUAGAUUCUGAAAUAUAAGCUACAUUUUUGCAAAAUAGAAAUUCCUUGUGAGAGUAGAUUGCCUUAGUAAGCUAAAAAUGUUGAUUUGUUUUAUGAACAUGUGUUUUAUAGAAAUGGUCACAAUUUUAAGUUAACUGAUUUAGUGAGGGGUAGGAGAGAACUGACAAAUCUACAUGCAUAGGUAGGUAGUCCUAACAGCAAAAUCUCAAACAUGAAGACGGAAAUUUGAGUUGAUAAUACAAACUUUAGCAAAAACAUUUUACAGGCAGAGUUUUGGUGUUAUCAAAGAAAGCUGAACUCCUCUUAAAAGGCUUUUUAUACAUAUAUGCAUGCUUACAUUCUAUAUGCAUAUAUAUAGGUAUGCUUCAUUUUUAAGAAGUCCAAUACAAAUCAAAUUUAAAAAACAGGUUAAGUUAGUGUUGACUGACUAAAGGACUCACCAUAGGUUUUAUUUAAAUUGCUUACAUGGGAAAGUACUCAAUUUACAUACAAAGGUACUUAGUGUGUAGGUAAGUAAUCUAUAUGGAAAUACAUUUAUGCAUGUACAAUCUAAAUGCAGCAAAUAGCUGAGGCUAUUUUCUAAGGUGUUUGGCUUAGUAAACCUUUUUCACAUCUUAGUAAUUUUUUCUUUUUUUGUAGAGACAAGAGUCUCACUGUACCGCCCUCGGGUAGAGUGCCAUGGCGUCACACGGCUCACAAGCAACCUCCAACUCUUGGGCUUCCGUGAUUCUCUUGCCUCAGCCUCCCGAGCAGCUGGGACUACAGGCGCCCACCACAGCGCCCGGCUAUUUUUUUUGUUGCAGUUUGGCUGGGGCUGGGUUUGAACCCGCCACCCGUGGCACAUGGGGCCGGCGCCCUACUCACUGAGCCACAGGCGCCGCCCCACAUCUUAAUAAUUUUUAAAUCAAAAUGUAUAGGAGUCAGUCCUUAGUAGGGGAUAUGCUGCCACCAGAGUGAUAAAAAUCAGUAAUGGGACUGGAAAUAGCACACCCAAUAAAGUCAGUAAUUAAAACACCACAUUAUUAAAAACUAUUUAAGAGGCAUACCCCACUAAGUUCCCUCUAUGAGUUUAGUAAUUUACAGAUGUUGUAUGCCAUAUUCCUGUCUUUGUGCUUGCUCCUUUGCAAAAAUUCUCUUCACACUAAAUUUCUGUCACUGAAUCAGAACCGCAGAAAACGCAAUCCCUUUUCUCUCCUCUGUACCUGGCUACAGAAAUUCUAAAAGCAACAAGAUAGUUUGGAAGAAAUACUUCUAUAUACUUUUUAAAUAACAUUGUAUUUAUAAGUUUACUUGCCAUCACUUUUCUUUUAAUUUAGAUUUUUAAAAAUGCUUGUGGUUGCUAGUCUUUCAGCUUUUCUUCUAAGGUGUGAUUUAUUUAAUUGCUAAGAAUUUUAUUUUCAGUUGCCUGUAUUUCAUUAGCCUAGACAGUUAUUCUUCUCAUAAUGAAUCUGCCUUAUACCAACAUAGUCUAAGACCUAUAAUAAACUAGUCAAACAUGAACUUUCCCUUAGUAGAAUAUAAUGCUAUUGGACAAAGUGCAACUGAAACCAUAUUUAGGAAUGGACCCUAAACACAUCUCUGCCUACUCGACCAGGACCGUAAUUUUAAAUAUUCACUUAGCUCCUAUGUGUAAUUAAACAGGCAUCAUCUGAGACUAUUCCAGUUGCUAAAGAAGAAAUAGUGCCUCAUUAUGAAUCAAUAUUAUGCCAGGUCUCUCUAGGAAUAUUUAGUAUUCUAUCUAGUAUCCUCUGCUCAAUUCUAGUAAUAUCUUAGCAGUAAUAAAUUAGUGACUUGCUCAAAGUUAUUUUCAUUUUGUUUCACUUUGAUUGAAACAUUUUCUUUUAUCAUGUGCAGUGCCACAGUUACAUGGACUCAAAAGACUUCCUCAUGAUGACUCCCAAGGUUCUAACACUGAGUAGACUAAAUAAUCACUAAGCAUCUCUCCUCUGCCUUUUUCUUUUUAAAGCAAUUCAAGUUUUAAUCAUAUUUCACAAAGAAUGACAAAUAAAGGGAUAAAUAUCCUUAAUGCAGGAAAAAAGCGUCUUAAAAUUCUUUCCAAUUAUUAUACUUGUACUCUGCCUGUGAAUUUUCUAUUACUAUACUGGCAUGGCCUUGGGAUCUCACUUUCCAAAGAUGUAGCAAAUGUGACUUUUAAACAAUGUCAAGAUGAGAAUCAUAUGUGUGACAGUAUUUGUGUGCACUCCUAGAGAAGUUUCUGUUCAACAGCACAUAGCUCCUCUCUUAAGGAGCUAAAACUUACUUUAAGAUUUCUCCUCUAGAACAUAACGUGUUGACAUUUUCUCUUUAUGAGCUUGCUGAAAGUAGUAUUCCAGGCAUUUGUCACUUAAAUAAAUGAGACACAUAUUUAACCAAAGGGAUAAAAUAUGAAAAUUGAAACACUAUACGUGCCAGCCACACGUAAAUUUCUUUGUUAAGGGUGAAAAAAAUCCUUCAGAGGAGCAAGCCCCCAAGUAGCUUUAAUACGUUUUUCUAUAAUUUAUUGGAAACAAGGUAUUAGAGUACUAACUGCGAUUAGUGCUAACCUUUUUUAUUCUUUACUCCUCGAAAUCACUGUGUUCUAAGAGCAAUUCCCUAGGCCACCUGCUUCAAAAUCAUCAGUUCAUUAAAACACAGAUUCACUAGACCCUACCCAAACCUACUGGCUCAAAAUCUCAAGGAAAAAAGGCAAGGUCUACAUUGUCAAAAACAAGUUUCCCAGGUGAGGACUAUUCACCAUUAAGUUUCGAAAGUACUACCCUAUAGAACUGUUACAUUCUAUAUUACAAUUGAAUUUAAAUUCCCUUCUGUGUUGCAUAAAGUAUCCGUUCAAUGCUAUAAUUUUAGUUGCCUGAUACUUUGGGCAACUGUCAGGUGAGUAAAAGAUUAAGGUAAGUAAUUUAAAUUUUAAUAGAGUUAGAUUCUGACUCAAUCACGAAUUAUCUGUGAGAGUUAUGUUAGAUAACUGUUAGGAAGAAAAAAGUGUCUAAGACUGAGGCUUUAAAAGAAGGUCUAUGGAAGUACUCCAGAAAAACCAUCAGUAAAACCAAAGGUUUGGACUAGACAGGCAUUUCAGAUCUAUUCUAAUUCUAAAUUUUCAUUUUUCUUUUUCUCUUCACAUUGACAGGGGAUGGAAUACAAAUCCAUGUUUAAGAGAACAAAGGUUCCAAAGCUGCCUUUAGUUUUGGCAGAUGGCCCAUAAAAACACGCUCUGCUGAUUUUAAGAUCCUACACCACAACUUAUUCCUAAGUCCCUGCUCUCAACGGGUCAUUUCUAUUUAAUCCAAUCUUGUCUCAGUAUUUAUUCUGCUAUAACUGUACUUAUAUUCCAGAAGAAGAAAUAACUUUACUAAACAAAGAUUACUCUUAGCAUCUGAUGUUACUUGUAACUUAAUGUGUAAGGAAGUAAGGACAAAUACAAGGCAAGUAUUGAGAUGGAUGGCUUCCCAUAUACCCAUUAAAUCAUAUACCAUAGUUCAAAUUCACAUCACCAUCAUCAGUAGACUAAAACUGCGUUACAGUUCCUGUUAGAUGCAUAAAUUUCAGUUUCCCUUCUAACAUUGUCAACUGCUAACAUUCAUGAUAACUGCUCUGAAAGUUUUUUUUGCAUACUUUUAAAAAAUGAAAUAACUUCCAAUUUAAAGCAGCAAAUUUAUCUCAUACAUUUUUGCCCACUUCCCACCUCCAAUAAAAUGAUAGUAGAGGAAUAAAACAAGUAUUAUCCCUCGAAGACAAAAAGUAUACAAAAGGUUAGUACUGGAACCCCUAAGAGCAACACUGGGUUUUACAGACAAUGGACCGAUGCUUCCAAAAUGCUGAAGGAACAUUAUUUAACCUAAAAUUCCACAGCCAAUCAAACCAUCAUUCAAUGUAUGCUCACAUAUAAAGUUAAGACAAAGACAAUUUUGCUCACAUAAGAGCUAAAGUACACAUACCUGCACCACUCCCACCCCCACCAUGGGAGGACAAGCCUCAGCAAAACAAAAGAAUGGAGAGGAAAAGCCUGCUAAGUGGCCAGAUGAGAUUGUUGCAGAGACUGAAAUUUGGGGUGGAGGGGCAAGGAGCCACAGUUGGCUCUGAGAAGUACUAGAUGGAGGGCACGAGAGACUGAUGCUUUUCAGUGUAAGCCUUUUAGUAUUAUUUGAGUACAGGUACAUUUGAUAAAAAAUUGAGAAAUUUUAAAAAGACAACUGAUAAAAUUUUGGGAGAAGCCCUGGCCUAAGAUACCGCAAUCUCACCCCUAUCACCUGCAAGGCCCUACACGGGCUAGGACCCCCACUCCACCUGCCUUCCUCAGGGAUCAUAACUGGGUGCUCACUGUGCACCCACUGCACAGCUUCCUCAGCUUCCCACACUUGGGCAUCGGCCCGCACGUGUGCUGCUCCUACUGCUUGCAGAGCUUUCUCUAGUAUCUGCAUUGGUUACUCCCUCACUUCCUUCAAGUCUGUAUUCAAAUGUCACUUCCUCAGUGAAUUCUUACUCGGCCUCCUAUCUCAAAUUUCAACCGUCCACAUCUACUGCUGUCUUCUCAUUUUUUUUUCCUUAGCACUUAACACCAUUUAACACCCAUUUUUGCUUAUUUAUCACAAACUAAGCUCCAUGAAGGUACAGAAUUUUGCUUACUUGUGUGUACCACCCAGUACCUAGAAUAGUAAUGACACACCACUGGAAACUGAAAUGAAUAUUUGCCAAAGGAAUGAAUAAAUGGGUGGACCACGUUGUUUUUCACUUACCUAUAGUAUUCUAUUAUCUACAUUAAAGUGAAAGCCCACUGAAGGAAAAAAGUAGAUGGCUUCUGACAGCAAAGGCCUCACCCAAGAGGGUCUUUUAAUAUUAAAAAUCUCAAAAUUUCUUUGGCAGUUUCCCAGAAAAAAUAUACUAAAGCAAUUCAAGCUUUGGUCUCCAAGUUGGCAUGUUUAUGAAUUGCUUCACCAUUGGUUUCAAGAUCUCUACAUAUGUUUAAACCUAUUCCAUACCUGGCUUUGUAAAGCUCUGGCCUCUCUUACUUACCUAAGGCUCAAAAUACCCUCUGAAAUACUAAAUUACUUAUUUUUAAAUUUCAUUUCAAAAUACAAAGGGUGCCAAAGAAUACACAAUUUAAGAAAGAAAAAAGGUAUCAAAAUUGUAAUAAUAUAUACCAGUAACAAAAGAUGAAGACAAGUCACACUGAGCACAUCUUGAAACUGCAGACAUCAAAUGUGACUUGAGUAUUACCAAUUUAAUAUAGAUUUUUCCUUUCUUAGAAUGUGUAUACUGUUUGGGGGCACCCUCUGCAUCAAGGACAUACAAAUGUUUUUGAUGUAUAGAACACUUUUGUACUGCCUGAGUCAUGGCUAUAAGGAUGCUCAUCACCUAACAGGUACCCAUUAGGUAGGUUUUUUUCCCCCCACCCCUUGAUUUCCAAUGACUUUUACUUCACUUUUGCGCACAUGUGAACUCAUCGGGUAGCUGGUAACUAAUUUAAUCAGAAAGCAAACUUCAGUUCAUUCCUUUAAAGACACAUAUUUUUCUUUAAAAAGAAUUAGGACAAUUAAGAAAAAAAUUCAAUCAGGCCCCUAUCCUCCAAAAAAGAAUCUCUAAAUAGUAUCCUGGAUAUCAUACUGGUUUUGAUUAGUUAUAUAAGUGUUCUUCUUCCUAUUAAUAUAAACUUAGCUCUCAUGAUCAUGAAUUAAAAACUUAAUUACUAUCCUGCCAGGCGUGAUGGUACACAUUUGUAGUCUCAACUACCUGGGAGUCCCGGAAGGGAGGAUCACUUGAUCCCAAGAGUGCAAGGUUGCAGUGUGCAAUGACUGUGGAUGUGAAUGGCCCCUGCACUCCAGCCUGGGCAGCAUAGUAAUUAUCAUCUCUUAUAAAAAAGACCUCAUCUCUUAUAAAAAAUUACUUUUCUAUUGAUGAAAAUGAUCAAUUUUAAGGGCAAUGAUAUUAAAAAUAUCAUUAAAAACUAUAGAUUGGAGUGAAUGAACAGUUCCAAUACUUGAGUACCUACUAUGUGAAAGGAACAGAGCUCACUAUCAAAGAUCCAAAGCUUAAGAACAGAACACUGUCACUGGCCAAGAUACACUAGAUAAAACAGACAUAGUUGCAAUCCUAAAACCUGAUAACGUAGGAGGUGCCAUCAUAGAGGUAUAAGUAAGGCAUCUCCACAUCACAGACAGAGAAGCAAAACAUUCCCAUAGAGGGCAUGGAGUGGGGAGUUUUAAGAGUAUUGACAACCUGUCACUGAAAGUUUACGUAACAAAGAGAAGAAACUAAGGGUAUUCUAUGCAGUGAUAAGAACACAAAUAAAAGCAUGCAAGUAUGCCUAGGUCCUCCAAUUCUGAAGGCCUACGCUGUAUGUACCACUAGGUGCUGCACAUAUAGAUGCCAUUCUCCUGUCUUCAGUCACAUGGAGGAAGAAAUGAGUAAUGUAGUGACUUGAUAAAGAACAAGCAGAUCAGUACUCUCAGUGGUGCUCCUGAGAUACUAUGGUUCCGGAAUGACUACAAAGAAACCAAUGACACCUCAAUCAAAAGCAAAUAACCCAAUCCAACUGUUACAAAAAUCAGUGACAGAGAAGCAUGAGUUUGUAGAGCUUUCCAGAAGGUGGCAUAUGAAUUCAGUUUUGACACAUAAGUAGGAAAUUAAAGAUUUCCAGGCAGAGUGGAAAAAGGAAUAAAAAUACAUGGCAUAUUCAGACACAGUGGGUCUACAAUCUAAAAACAAAGAAUGGGCCGGGGGAGGUGGCUCACCCCAGUAAUCCUAGCACUCUGAGAGGCUGAGGAGGGUGGACUGCUUGAGUUCAGGAGUUAGAGACCAGCCUGAGCAAGAGCCAGACCCUCUCUCUACUAAAAAAUUGGAAAAAUUAAAAAAAAAAACGAAACAAAAAACUAGCCAGGUGAGCGCCUAUAGUCACAGCUACUUGAGGCUACGACACUGCUGUGAGCUAUGGAUGACACCACAGCACUAUAUCCACAGUGACAGAGUUAGACUAUCUCAAAAUGAAACAAAAAAGAAUGUACAAUAGACACAGUAUCAUGCUUCACAAAGCCUAAAAUUAUUUACUAUAUAACCCCUUACAGAAAAAGCUUGUGGCUGGAGCUUUGGUACAAAGCACAGCAAAGCAGUGACAAGAGAUGAGGCUAAAUGUGGUUGGGGUUGAAUUAUCAAAGUUCUUACGCAGUGUUUUAUCCUCUUUAAGUUAGGAAUUCAAACACUCAACAGGACAGAAGGGGGUGGAAAUCAGGACUUUAUGUAAGUAACAUUAUUUUUUCUUUAGUCCACUGUAUUGAUCCAUUGAGUCAGGAUUUAGUUAAAUUCUCACAAUCCCGAGAGGUAAUUAUCAUCUAGUGUUACAGAGGGAAGUUCAGAUGGGCUAAGUUACUUGCCUUCAAAACACAUAAUUAUCCAACCAAGGUUGGAUCAGAAAAAUAUUCCAGAUUCAAAAAUUAGUGCCGUUUCCACUACAAAACAACAGCUGCCUCUGUGCUAGAGUAGAAAUUAAAGAAAAUAAUCACUUUGCAACUAAUAGCAAAGUAAUAGUCAAGGAAACAAUGCAUUGAAAAUGCACAUCCAGGUUCUUAGCAUAUUUCAUACCCACUAGGUUCAUACCCCUAGCCUAAGCUAGUUCACUUGGGAAUGUGUUUACUUUUAGUCAAUUAAAGCCACAGAGGUCAACACUGGAAUACAGAUGAUCAGCAAAACACGGUGGCUAGCGGGAGACCCCCACAGAAAAUGAGUCUGUCAUAGUAGUGUCUAUAUUUAUUUACUUUACUCCACAUCGAUUCUUUUGGGGGAGGGAGAGAACAGGAUUGAUGAACUCUCUUCACUGAUGGGGAUAACAAGACAUAAUUUGUGGUUUACAAGUGGUGAUUUUGUACAUUGUUUUUACAAAUCCAACUUUCUACUUUCUGUUUUUAGAUUUAAAGUUAAAAUGGUAUCAAAGUCAGAACUCGUAAAGAAGUCCUGCAACAUUCUAUACACAGUUUCUGUCCCCUUAUAUUUUGACUCUUUCAAAAGUGCUGACAAUAUUUACGUAUCUAAAGUGUUUAAUUAAAACAAUUCAAAUGUAUUAAAAUUUUUUCUGUGAAUUCUUACACUCUCAAAAGUACAAAUUUUAUAAAUUGUACUAACAAUUUUUAAUCAGCUGAUAUACUUUCCUUAGAGAGAAUCCCGUAUCUUUUUUUUUUUUUUUUUGAAAAUCCCAAAUCUUGAAAGACUGAACCCAUAACUCAAAAAAGGCUUUCUUGGCUUGGUGCUCAUAGUUCAGUGAGUAUGGCGCCAGCCACCGAAGCUGUUGGGGUUCAAACCCGGGCCAGGCCUGCUAAACAACGACAACUUCAAUCAAAAAAUAGCAGGCUGUUGUGGCAGGCACCUGUAGUCCCAACUACCUGGGAGGCUGAAGCAAGAGAAUCUCUUAAGCUCAAGAGUUUGAGGUUGCUAUGAGCUGUGAUGCCACAACACUCUACCAAGGGUGACAUAGUGAGAAUGUGUGUGUGUGGGAGGCUUUCUCCAAGAGCAGAGAGAGGGAAGGAGGGAGGGAGGGAGGGUGGGGCCUUGGUGUGUGCCACACCUUUUGGGGGCAAAACACAAUUGCAAGAGACUGUGCCUAACAAAUGCAAUCAGUGUAACCUGGUUUCUUGUACCCUCAGUGAAUCCCCAACAAUAAAAAAAAAAAAAGAAAGAAAGAAAAAAAAAGGCUUUCUCCAAGAUUUAAACCCUCCACUCUAAACGCAUGUAAGAUCAUGUGAUGUUAUUUGUAACAUUAAGCACUGCUCUUUGCAAUUCACAUAGACAUGUACAUUAAUUCUUUAUUCAAAACUCAUGGGGCUAGAUGUGUUUCUGAAUUCCGAAUUUUGGAGUUUAGAAGAUAACACAAUAUAUAGAUAUACCAUUUACAGCAGUGCCCCACCCCCAAUCCAUGGCUUCAACUCCUGCAGUUUCAGUUACCAACGGUCAACCAUAUUUGGAAAGUACAGUACAGUAAGGUAUUUUGAGAAAGCAAGAACAUAACAGUAUGUUUUAUAAGAAUUCUAUUUUCUCGGGCGGCUCCUGUGGCUCAGUUGGUAAGGCACCGGCCCCAUAUACCAAGGGUGGCGGGUUCAAACGCGGCCCCAGCUGAACUGCAACCAAAAAAUAGCUGGGCGUUGUGGCGGGCGCCUGUAGUCCCAGCUACUUGGGAGGCUGAGGCAAGAGAAUCGCUUAAGCCCAGGAGUUGGAGGUUGCUGAAGCAUGGGCAUCAGCUAUGUGAUGCCAUGGCACUCUACCGAGGGCCAUAAGGUGAGACUCUUGUCUCUACAAAAAAAAAAAAAGAA